ACCUCAGUAUUUUUUACAUUCGAAUCUUGUACUUUUAUUUUGUUUUAAUUUAUUUGUGAUUUGAAAUCUGAAUUGGAAAAACUAAGGAAACAUGGACGAAGAAAACUCUGACGAUGGCCUUUUGAUAGAAGAAAAUUAUUACAGUUUUUUAAACGUAGCAAGAGAUGCUACUAUUGAAGAUAUAAAUGCAUCAUACAGAAAUCUAAGUCGGAUUUACCAUCCAGAUAAACAUAUGAGUGCAGAAAGUAAACAGAAAGCCGAAUUGUUGUUUAAUAGAACGAAAACAGCAUAUGAAGUUUUAUCUGAUCCACAUAAGCGCGCGAUAUAUGAUUCAUUAGGUAUUCGAGGACUUCAAACAGAGGGAUGGGAAAUAGUUCAUAAACAACGAACUCCAGCUGAAAUUAGGGAAGAAUAUGAAAGAUUAGCUAGAGAAAGGGAGGAAAGAAAGCUUCAACAACGUACGAACCCUAAAGGGAAUUUAACUGUUAAUAUAAAUGCCACUGAUGUUUUCAGCUAUUAUGAUGAAUUUGAUGAACCUGGAGGUUUUCCAAUUAUUGAAGUGUCCGGAAUGAGUAUUUCUCAAUCAAUUGAAGCACCUAUAACAUUACGCGACACUGUUAUUAUGUCUGGCAGUUUACAAUCAUCUAAUGGAAAUGGUUCUGGCGGUUUUGUCAUAUCAGGUAGACGAUUAAUUAACAAAGGAUGGCUCGAAAUGGACGUUGGAGCUGGGAAUGGCCCUAUUAUAGGUUUCAAAGGUUCUAGAAAUCUAACUCAAAAAGUUUAUUUAAAUGGUGGUGCUACGCUGAAUUUUAGGCGAAAUGGCAUAAUACCUGGCCUGGUCGGAACUUUAGCAGUACAACUAGACAAACAUACUGUUGGUUAUUUGACUUAUAAUGCUGGGCAAACUUCUAUGUCAACUGUUAUUGAACAUAAUGAUGAAAAAAAUGCAUGGAAUACAUCAAUUGUAAUAGGUAUACCGCAUUGCUAUAUAACUGCAAGUUACACAAGAAAACUUUUAGAGAGUGAGUUAAAACUAAAGCUUGCAGGAAGAGUUGGAACCUUUGGUUAUUAUGCGGAAUAUGGUGCUGAAAAGAAAGUGUCGAAAUAUAGCUCAGUUUUAGCAUCAGUUUCUAUUGGAGUACCAACUGGUGUAACCUUAAAACUGAAAAUCAUAAGAUCAUCACAAACGUACACAUUUCCAAUUCACUUAAGCGAAGAAAUAGUUCCAGCUGCCGUUUUUUAUGCAACUGUAACACCAUUAAUUGCUUGGUUUGUUCUAAAAAAAACUAUUAUUGAACCAAUGAAUGCGGCACAAAAAAAAAUUGAAAUUGACAAAGCGAAAGAAACAAACAGACAAAGAUUGGCCGAAAAAAAGAAGGAGGCUGAAGCAGCUGUCGAUUUAAUGAAAGCUCAAUGUGAAAGAAUAAUUACUGAUGAAGCUAAAAAAAGUGGCCUUUUAAUAGUUAGCGCCAUUUAUGGAAAACUAAAUAUUGAUUCAGAUUCUAGCCAAGAAAGUGAAAUUAUUCUUGAUGUAACAAUUCCCGUACAAUGUUUAGUUAGAGAUAGUAAAUUAAUUUUAUAUAGUGCAAGCAAAAGUGAACUGCCUGGAUUUUAUGAUCCUUGUGUUGGUGAAGAAAAACACUUAAAAAUAGAGUAUUCUUACCGUGAAGUAGUCCAAACAAUUAUUAUUGCUGAUAAUGAACCCUUACGUUUACCACGAUUAGUAAGCAGUAACACUAAUAGUAGUUCAACAAUAUCGCCAACAAGAGCAAAUGCUAAUAACAACCAGAAUACAUAAAUAUAGUUUAAAUAUAAUAUAGAGAAAUAGAAAAUUAGAAGAAAACUCAAAGAGAAGAAAAAUAAACUGUUAAUUCAUUCA